GGUCGCUCGGACGCUCGUGGUGCUUGUUCGUUAGACUUGCAUUCUCUCGAUCCUUAGUGUUAUUUGAAGUGCUUUAAGAGUUUCUUCAAGAUGCCUUCACGACGACGACACCGAUCAGAUUCACAAGAGCGUUCUGAAUCUCGCAGUCGCAGUCGCUCUCGACACCGUUCUCGCUCACGUUCGCCCGGACAGAUUCGUCUUCCAUACGAUGCUUCGCCUAUCUCAGAAUCAGAUUACUUCCUGAAGAGCGAUGAAUUUAGGGUGUGGCUUAGGGAUGAGAAACACAAAUAUCUGGAUGAACUGACGAGCGAAAGAUCGCGCAAGUACUUUCACAAAUUCGUCAAGGCGUGGAACGGCGGAAAGCUCUCCAGAUCCCUAUAUUCAGGUGUCGAUGCUCAGUCCGCCAGUAGUCAAACUGCCUACAGAUGGUCUUUCGCAUCAAAAGCCUCGAAAGCCGACAGUGAGGCACUACGUGCCGCUCGUGAGGAUGUUGACACCUCCACGUAUAAGAGAUCAUCUCGUUCUAGCACAGGACCUUCUAUAAAUGGUCCACGAAGGAUGCAAGGUCCUACUCUUCCUUCCCAAUCCGACUUGACUCUUGCUCGCGAGACCACUGAGGAGCAGCGAAAGGCAGAACGUGACUACAGUCACAAACGCGAGCGGAAGGAAGCCAAGGAAAAGCUGGAAGAAGUCGUUGGUCCGAAGGCGGUCGGAAAGGAAGCACUGCUUGAGAAAAAGCGAGCGAAACGGGAGGCCGAUCGGUCCUUCAGAGAGAAAGGGGAUGAUGAUUUCGAAGCAGAUGAGUCCACACUGAUGGGAGGUGGCGACAGCUUUCAAGAGCAGCUUGCUCGCCGAGAAGCAGCUCGCCGGCGCCGCGAAGAGAAGAAAUUUGGUGGCAAGGAUGAGAAAGUUUCCGCUGCCCGUGAGCGAGCUGAGGUUAUUCGUCAAAAAGACGAGCAAACAAUGACCAUGUUCAUGCAAAUGGCAAAGGAAAAGUUCGGUUAAUAUUCAAACUUCCACACAGAUGUUCCGUAUGUCUUUAGUCUCGUAGCUAUAGGAGCCAAUGUGUUUUGAAUAUAUCAUACUGCAUAAAUACAAGUCGAUGCCCCGUAAUGUAUUCGAAGACUUCACAUCCAUGCUCUGUCCUCGACGUCCAAGAGCUCGGACUAAACGUAGCAAUGACAAUAUCAAUCAAUAGAUGAA